AUGCCAAAUAUAGGGUUUCAAAACCUUCCUCUUAACAUCUACAUUGUGGUGUUUGGAACAGCAAUAUUCGUCUUCAUCCUCAGCCUCCUCUUCUGCUGCUACUUGAUAAGACUACGGCACCAGGCACAUAAAGAACUUUAUGCUUACAAACAAGUCAUCCAAAAGGAGAAAGUGAAAGAGUUAAACUUGCAUGAGAUCUGUGCGGUGUGCUUGGAGGAGUUCAAACAGAAAGAUGAGCUGGGGAUCUGUCCAUGCAAACACGCUUUUCAUCGAAAGUAA